AUGGCAGCAGAAGCAAAUAAUGUCAAUGAAGAUGGUAAUGAGGAAGCACAGCUAGCAGACACAGAUACUGACUUCAGUGAUAGUGAUUAUGAGAUUGAUGAGGGAGAUGAUGAUUUGUUUGAUGACAACAUUGAUUUUGAUGUGGAUGAAGAAGAGGAGGUGGAGGAGCCAGAUGUGGAACCUGAGUAUGUUCUUGAUGAUGAAGAUUUGGACCUGACAAAAGAAGAAGAAGAGUACUUGAAAUACAAAUUCAGGACUUUCAAUGCAAAAGUUGACAUGAAAUCGCCUAUUUUUAAAGUUGGCAUGGUUUUUGCUGAUGUGAAGGAGCUCAGAAAUGCUUUGACAGCAUACUCUAUUAGGCAAAGAGUUAAGAUCAGGAAGGUAAAAAAUGAGCCAUCUAGGCUGGAUGCAGUAUGUCAGAAAGGUUGCCCCUGGAUGUUGAAGGCUGGUAAAGACAACAGAACAGGGGGUAUUGUCAUCAAGGCAUAUGCAGCUGAGCACAGAUGUCCAAAAAAAUGGAAGUUGAGGUCCCUCACUUCAAAAAUUUUAACAGCAUACUUCAUAGAUGAAUUUAGGGAUGAUCAGAAGAUGUCACUUGGAACUUUCUCAAGGAAGGUUACAAAGGAGUUCAAUGUGACACCAAACAGAUGGAAGUUAGCUAGAGCAAGGAAACAAGCUCUCAAGGAGAUACAUGGAGAUGAGGAGGAGCAAUUCAACAAAUUAUGGGACUAUGGAAGUGAACUGAGAAGAUCUAACCCAGGUUCCACAUUUCUCCUAUCCACUGCUCUUGUGAAGGACACAAAUUUUCCAUUAGGGAGGAAAUGCUUGAAAACCCUUUACUGGUCUUAUGAUGCAUGUAAAAGAGGCUGGCUCAAGGGCUGUAGACCAAUUAUUUUUAUUGAUGGGUGUCAUAUGAAGACCAGGUUUAAGGGAAUUUUGCUGAGUGCUGUUGGCAUUGACCCAAAUGAUUGUAUAUUCCCUAUUGCCAUGGGCUGGGUAGAAGUGGAAUGCACUAGUUCGUGGGAGUGGUUCUUAACCACAGUAAGAGAUGAUCUUAAUGUGAGAAACACUGCUCCAUUUACAAUAAUGAGUGACAAGCAAAAGGGCUUAAUAAAUGCAGUUAAGAAGGUUUGGCCAGAUUCAGAGCAUAGAUUCUGUGUGAGACAUUUAUACCAGAAUUUCCAUGAAAAACACAAAGGGGAAGUGCUGAAGCAGGAUCUAUGGGCCAUAGCAAGAUCUCCAAAUAAAGUUAAAUGGAGAGAGAACUGCCAAAGGAUGGAUGGGCACUGCUCUGCUGCAUUUCACUGGACUGAAAGAUUGGAUGUGAAGACAUGGGUUAAAGCUUAUUUUAGUGAUUUCAGCAAGUGUGAUAUUCUGCUAAACAAUAAUUCAGAGGUUUUUAACAGGUAA